UUCGAACGCAUCAGCAUGUUCGUCAUCCUCCUGAACUGCGUCACCCUGGGCAUGUAUCAGCCCUGCGUCGACGAGGUCUGCAACACCAACCGUUGCAAGAUUCUGCAGAUCUUCGACGACGCCAUCUUCGCCUUCUUCACGGUGGAGAUGGUGAUCAAGAUGGUGGCGAUGGGCUGGUCGGGAAAAGGCUCCUACAUGGCCGACUCGUGGAACCGACUCGACCUGUUCAUCGUCUUCGCUGGGGGCUUGGAGUACUGCCUGGCGAUGGAGAACAUGAAUAUCUCGGCCAUCAGGACCAUCAGAGUACUUCGGCCGCUCAGGGCAAUCAACAGGAUACCCAGUAUGAGGAUCCUGGUGAUGCUCCUGCUAGACACGCUGCCCAUGCUGGGGAACGUCCUUCUGCUGUGUUUCUUCGUCUUCUUCAUCUUCGGUAUCGUGGGCAUGCAGUUGUGGGCGGGCAUGCUUAGGCAACGUUGCUUCAUUGACAUUCCCGAGAACGUGACGCCGCAGCAGUCGAUCUCCUCCUACUACCCGGACUACAUUUGUUCGCUGCCCAAGGACAAUGGCAUGCACCGCUGCCAGAAUCUGCCGCCGACGAAAUACGAAGGUAUGGACUGCAACGGCACAGCGAAACCGUUCGAGAGCAACGAACCCACCAAUGAAUCGUGUGUCAACUGGAACCAAUACUACACCGACUGCCGGCCAGGGGACAAGAAUCCUUUCCAGGGCACCAUAUCCUUCGACAACAUAGGGCUCGCCUGGGUGGCCAUUUUCCUAGUAAUCAGUUUAGAAGGCUGGACGGACAUCAUGUACUAUGUUCAAGACGCGCAUUCAUUCUGGGAUUGGAUUUAUUUUGUUCUACUCAUUGUGAUCGGGUCCUUCUUCCUGAUCAACCUGUGUCUCGUCGUCAUCGCCACGCAGUUCUCGGAGACGAAGAAGCGCGAGAUGGAGCGCAUGAAGAUGGAGCGAGCUCGAUUCCACUCGACGAGCACUCUGGCGUCGGGCUCCAUGUCGGAACCGAACUCAUGCUACGCCGAGAUCAUCAAAUACAUCGCCCACUUGUACAGACGAGCGAGACGAAAGUUGUACUCCCGCUACAGACAGUUCCGCCGCCGCCACCGAUCUGAGCACCCGCGACAGUUAAGCCUUAAGAAGCAGCGGCGCCGUCGGCAGUAUGUGCUCGCUCAACACGCGCUUUUGACGCGCGAGCCGGGAGGCCACCUGACGCCGAGCACCGUGGUCACCAUGCCCACGGGCGUCGCCGGGGGAGUGGGUCCUGGCGGGGGCUUCACUGUAAUGAAUAACGUCACCGCCACGAGUCCUCAGCUUUUGUCGCCCCCAGAGGUUAACGAGAGCCAGGAGGACAGUAGAAACAAUAGCGCCCCUCGCGCUAGCCCAGAGGUGUCUGAAGUCGACCCUCAGACGUCCCCUCACCGCCCGGUCCUCCUCAUGAUCCCCAGUGGUGCUAGCGGUGAAGGGAACAAUGAGCUGGUGCCCCCAUCACCCGCAGGAGCAUGCACUCCCCGGCACAGAAGACGAAGCUCUGUGAUGUUUAGUGACGUGGUGCUCCUGCACGGCCACGCGGGCGAGACCGCCACCAAGAACGUCUGCCAUAGCGAGAAGACGACGCAGACCGACGACGAGCCGCUGGACCCAGCCUACUUCCGUGAGCCUCUGCCCCCCUCCCCUCACACGCCGGGCCCCCCCGUUUCACUCUUGCCUUCGGUUCUGCUUCCUCCGACGCUCGCACCUUCUGCCAAGACCAAGUCUUCCCUGCGGCCCGUGUCGCGCACACCUUCGUAUAAUGGCUCAGGUGGUAAGGGCUCACUCACAUGUGGCGAACUAUUAGCACUAAGUGGCGCGCUCUCGGCGGCACUGCCCACGCACUUGGGCAUCGAUUCCCGCUCUGUGCACACAUUGUAUUCUUCUCUUGCCAAAGGUGUCAAACAUUUCUCUGCUCCUACGUUAUUUUUCUCAGCAGACCAAGCGCCUGCAGGACUCUCAGGCUAUUACUCGGCCUCAGACUCCUGUCACUCCGACUCCGACUGGAGUGACGAGGAAUGGAGUGAAGAGGAGCGGAGUGGCCCACCCUCGCCAUUGCGCAGGUUCUGCUCCAAGUUGCGAGUGUACAUCAAGAAGCUGGUGGAACACACGUACUUCCAGCGAGGGAUCCUGGUGGCCAUUCUCAUCAAUACUCUCAGUAUGGGCGUCGAGUACCACAACCAGCCCGAGAUACUGACAACCAUCGUGGAGACGAGCAACAUCAUUUUUUCAGCAGUUUUCGCUCUGGAAAUGCUGCUGAAAGUUAUUGCUGAAGGGCCUUUUGGUUACAUCAGUAAUGGCUUCAACGUCUUUGAUGGUGUUAUUGUGAUUCUAAGCGUCGUUGAGAUGUACGAGAGCUACACGACGUCGCACGCGGAGCAGCAGGCCGGCCAGGGAUCCGGGCUGUCUGUGCUGAGGACCUUCCGCCUGCUGCGCAUCCUGAAGCUGGUUCGGUUCAUGCCCCAGCUCCGACGCCAGCUGUUUGUUAUGCUGCGGACCAUGGACAAUGUGGCUGUGUUCUUCUCUCUUCUCAUUCUGUUCAUUUUCAUUUUUAGUGUGCUAGGCAUGUUUCUGUUUGGUGGAAAGUUUUGCAUUAGAGCGGAUGGGAGUGGCGAUUGUACGUGUCGAGAGAUCCUGGACCCAGGGGCUGGGUGCAAGUGCACGAGGAUGCACUUUAACAACUUCCUGUGGGCUACCGUCACGGUUUUCCAGAUCCUGACCCAGGAGGACUGGAACGUGGUGCUCUUUAACGGCAUGGAAAAGACGAGCCACUGGGCCUCGCUGUACUUCGUCGCCCUGAUGGCCCUCGGCAACUACGUCCUCUUCAACCUGCUCGUUGCCAUCCUUGUGGAAGGCUUCUCUGCCGAGGAUGAGAAGAAGAGGUCAGCUUCUACCCUUGAGGCUCCCGACGAUGAGCGACGACACCUAAAGGGCAACGAGGAUCGUGUCAAGGAGAACCAGCUCAGACAGAAGCUAAUGUACGAUGACCCCAAGUGUAACAUUGAGAAAGAGAGUAAGUUGCUGCAGAUGCCACAGUCACAGGGUCGGGACAACAGGAUCCCAGAACACGCUAUGCUCCCUCCAACACCAGCAGGCUUCACCCCCAUCAUGGCUGCGCCUCCUUCCCUCCUUGGGUACCCCCCCAUCAUCACCCACACGGCUGCCACUCCUCAGGGCUCGCCCCAUGCCACGCUCGAGUCAUGUGGCAGGGGAGAGCUCAACAACAGGCUGACUCCGGCGAUGGCUCUGUAUGGCACUACGUCAGAUCAGCCGGACCAUCCUCAGGGCGUCUUGAGGUCAGCUUCGAUAAAGAGCAACAAUACUACAUCCUCUCGAUCAUCUCGAACUUCAAGUCGCCUGGGGUCCCGCGCCUCACACAGACGGGAGUCCCUCUCUCCACACGACCUGCCAGGCCGCCGGGAUUCGAUCAGUCCAUCUCCUGGCAGAGAGCGCAGCGGGAGUGGCGGAGGCUCCCCGCUGUCCUGGAGAAGGAACGGGUCCCAGCGACGGCGACGCGGAUACAGCACGAGCGGCGGGUCGUUUCGGCGAUCGCACCUCGACAAGGAGAACCUAGUCUGUCGGGACUCGGGCUCGGAGUCCGACGGGGAGGAGGAGACAGCCCUCAACAACAACAUCACCUUCACUAAUAACAAUCUCAAUAAUCACCAAACUACGAUGUUAGGGACAGAUCAUAGUCACUGUAAUGGUUUAACAAGCAGCCAUGGGCAGGUGGCUCCAAGACGCUCCAUCCUCACACAGCAGAACUCCAUAGGUUCCCCAAGGACGCUAAGCCCUCAGAAUUCUAUCCGUUCUAGGGGUUCUUCGCCUAGAUCACGCCAGCCGUCUGUGCAAGGCCAGACGUCAGUGUGUGGCUCAAUCAAGGAGUUAGAGUACAAGCAAAACAACCUAAGCCGAGCAAAGGAGGCAGCGGCUGCAGCAGAACAGGAAGAGGAAGAAGGAGGCAGCGAGGCAGAGGUGGAACACAUACGCAAGAUAUGCUUUGUGUUCGAGCCGAAGGGCUGCUUCAAAGAGAGACAAGAAUAUUCCAUGUUUUUAUUUUCUCCAGAAAAUCCGAUUAGAAAAUGUUGUAUAUACCUGGUGUCCAGAAGGUGGUUUGAUUCAACGGUGCUCUUCUUCUGGCUAUUGCAUCACUGGCAGGCUGCAGAAAAUGCCUACUUUAUAGAAAUAGAAACUUUAUCUUUACUAAUUUUCACAGGUAACACUAUUAUAGAAGUACAAGAUAAGUAUAACACAGCCGAGCAAACUCCGCCUCCUCUUCCUCCUGAAAUCAAAAUGUUUGGAGAGUGUCAACACAGAGCAAAUACCAAGUGCAGUGACCCUGGCUACCGUCAUCAUCUGACCUCUGGUCAAAUAACAUGUUCUGUGAGCCUCACAACUUGUAUAGGAAAGGUAGAACUGAGAAUCAAUAAUUUCACAGAGAAUAAGGAAGAAUUGCACAUUUCAAUUUAUAUCUCACAUAUAUCCACUGCCCUUCUGCCGACAGUUUCAGUCACACGCAAACCCUGGUAUAGGUUUCCGAGAUAUAGAAAUGGUGAACUCACCUCCGAGAUAUUUCCUCCUUUAGGCUGA